AUGUCAUCGAAGAGUAAAAAAGAACAUUUUUGGGGAAGACAAUCAAAGUCACGUGCUUUGAAGGCACUAGAAUCAUACUAUAGCAAUGGCGAAGCUGGUGGUGCUACAGCUUAUCAACAGCAACAUCUAUUGGUCGACGGUGAACAUGAGAUUUAUGAAAAUUUGAAUAGUCUAUUCGAUAUUUCAAAUGGAUUCUCCAUCGAUCAUCAUAGUAAUAAACAACCUUCCGUUGCUACUAGACUAUCAAUUAGUAAUGUAAAAAAGAAAUUUAUUGUAGAACAAUAUCAAAAAGAUAUAUUUGUACCAACAGAGAUUAUCAUGUCAAAGGGUAAAGGAAAUGGUGUUAAAGUACUCGAUGAUGUUGAGUCUGGUGUCCUGGUGGUUGAGUAUAAAGGCGAGUUGAUUGGUAAGCAAGAAGCUGAGAGAAGAGAGCGAUUGUAUGCUCGCAACAGUACAACACUUCGUAUGGAUUGUUAUUUAUUCUUUUUUGAACAUAAAGGAAAGGUUAUGUGUGUCGAUCCAACUAUACCAUCGGUUGACUUGGGUCAUGGUAGAUAUAUAAAUCACAAGGUAGACGGUAACUUGGAUCCAAUAAAGAUACAGGUCAAUGGUGUACCAAAGAUCGUUUUGAUAUCGAAUCGUGCAAUAAAACGAGGUGAAGAGUUAUUUUUCGAUUACGGAGAUCGCUCUAGUGUGUCGCUCACCUACUUUCCUUGGCUGCGAAAUGACUACAAACCAUUGUCUGACGAUGAAGAUGAAGAUAUCCACGAUGAACAAGUAGUUGCUACAACUAAAAUAACAUCAUCAUCAUCAACAACAUCAGACAGUAACAACAAAAUCAACAAACCACCUCUAAAACUAAUUUUAAAACGUAAGGAUCCAUACACAACCAUCAUAGUUGCAUCUUCAAUUUCACCACAGACAACCAAUCAUAAUAAUAACGAUAUUAGCAGCAGCAGCAACAGUAGUAAUAAUGAAAACAAAGAAAUAAUAACUGAAAAGAAACAACCUAUAAAUAUAAAUAAUAAUAGUAGUAAUAAUAAUAUAAAUGUAAAUAGUAUUUUUGAAAAUGAAGUGAUUCUGGAACCAUCACUUAUUUCUCAUGGCUAUGAUAGUGAGUCACCAGGAGAGAUGAGUGAUUUGGACUUGGGCUCAAAUGGUUAUGAUGAAACUAAGUACGAUAUCAACAGCGAGAAAUGGAGGACCAAUAUCUACGAGUUGAAUAUACCGGUUGGCAUCGUUGAAGGAGCAGAUGGUGAUAUUUCAUCAGGUGAAAACAAUAUAUCUAAUUCUACAGCAACAACUACAACAACAUCAACUAUAACCACAACAUUUCACAACAUCAAGAGAAUCAAACUAAAGUAUAAAGAGAAACAAGAUGGUUUAUCACAUACUCCACAGUAA